UUUCUGGCUGAACGUCUUUAAGGAUCAGAUGCUUCCUGCCGUGAGCCGCGUCGGAGGAAGGUGAUUUAGAAAAGAAAGCAGCGAUGACUCCGGAGCAGAGCUGAUACUGAAAAAGGUCCUUUGUGAGGCUGGUUGGAGUAAAUUCCAGGCUAUCCCUGCUGCCCUGAAGUUUGAACCACAGUUGAUCCAUAAUGUUUGGAAACAACCGUCCUUUCUCCUACUCCCCGGGGGGUUUCUCUUCGGAGGACUUCCCUCAGAGGCGAGCUUUUAACCAGGAUGAGCCCAGAGAAUCGCUGCUGCAGAGAAACAGCAUGUCGAGACCCAGUAGCAGAUCCAUAUACAAGCAGAGAAAGGAAUACGCCGAGUCGCUCAACAAAAACCCAGACACCUUUCAAGUCAGAGUGGAGCAUCUGUUCAUCUGUGAGGUGGAUGGCCAGGAGGUGAGAACAGAAGAAGACUGCGUGGCCAAGCUCAAGCAGCUGGAUGGCAAAAGUCGCCUUUGGCCUCAAGAGAUGAUCUUAAUGAUAAAGGGAGCCUAUCUGUUGCUCUGUGACAUUGAGACCAAGGCAGAGUUGGAUACGAUACCUCUGAUGAGCAUCAUGCAUACCAGUGCAGUGCUGGACAACAGCGUCUACGACUCUCUGCUGAUAGUAACCGUGAAGGAACCCAGCAAGCGCAACCCUCAGAACUUCAUGUUCCAGUGUGAGGAGACUGGGGCGGAUAUCAUUAAGGCCGAUCUGGACAAGGCACUGCAGAGAGGAGCGACUGAUCCGGACCCACGCAGAAUGGCCCCUGACAUGAGAUGGCAAAACCCAGGAAGCUUCCGGCAGAGCGGGCCCCGUCCUGUGCAGCAGGAGGACAUCCUGCCCACUCCGGAUUACAUGGCCCCACAGUGGAAUACCAGGCAGCCAGAUCACAUGCCUGACACACGUUCCUAUUCUCCCCAAGAAGAGAUGUCGCAUUAUUCUGAUAUUCAUGAAUCAGAUGUGGCUUUUCAUCCAGCAGAGGUGGAGAGGAACUUGGACAUUUUUAACCACGUUUUAACUGAUAUUGAGAUCUUCACCGACAAAGUAGCAAACGUUGUACUUGCGCCUCCGGAGAAACCCGAAAAGGACAAGAAGAAGCGGAUGUCUAAGAAGAAAAAAUCCAAAUCAAAUGCACCACCGGCCAAUCUGCCACACUGGGAGGAAUAUGCCGCGUAUCUUCAAAAAAUUAAAUAUGGAUUCAAUCUGCUGGGCCAGCUGGAGGGAGCUCUGACCGACCCCAGCGCUGUUCAAUAUGUGCAUAUCUUCUUCUCUUCAAUGAGCAAUAUAGUUCCUCUGUAUCCCCAAGAUCUGCCUCAGACAAUCAUCUCCCCCCUGCUGACUCUGGAGGCCGUGCAGCUGCUCCAUCAGGCGGUGAGCCCAGAGGAGAAAAACCUGUGGUUGAUGCUGGGCGAUUGCUGGGCCAUACCCAGGUCUGCCUGGCCGGAGGAUCAUAUCGAACCUUACAUCCCGGUGUUUUAUGACGGCUGGCAGCCUCCUGCACCCGUCCACCUGCCUCCUGUGCCUAAUCGGGGCAGGAGUCCACUGAGCAGAAGCAACAGCCAGCGCUUUCCUCCCGGCGGACCUGAAGGGCAAAUGAACGAUCAGAACUUCUCACCCCGAGCCGUGCUUCGGGGGCCCGAGGAGCCUGUGUCCAAUGGUCCAAUGAGCUCACUGCCAGGUCCAUACCCAACCGAGCCACCGCUCUACAUGCGCAUCAUGUACAACUUCUCAGCAAGGAACAACCAGGAGCUGACCGUCAUGCAGGGAGAGGUGGUUCAGGUGGUUCAGAAAUCAAGGCAAUGGUGGCUAGUUAGAAACUCUCGCAACGAGGAGGGCAGAAUUCCUCAAAACAUUUUGGAGCCAAUUGAGAGCGACAGAUCACCGGAUGAGCAGCAGUGGGACUCGCGUGGUCCCGUUACUCUCGACUACAACUCCAGUCCUGCUCAAGUGAGGGCAUGGCUCCAGCAGAGGAAUUUCAGCAGAAUCACCGUCUCCAGUCUUGGUGUCCUGACUGGAAGACAGCUUCUGGAAAUGUCCAAAGAGGAUAUCAGGACUGUUUGCCCAGAGGAAGCUGGAAAAGUGUUCUUCCACCUUCAAAGUGUUAAGUCAUCUGUUGCACUCUCCAGCGAGCCAUCACCGAUGUACAACAGCCGCUACUGACAACAAUUACAGCUGUGAUGCCUGAACAUCUGGACUUAACGGCAUUUCUGGGUCGAGACAAUCUGAUCACCCUCAGCUUCUACUGAACCUUGGCCCAUUGUUUAUUUCAUAAAGUGUGGCCUGUUUCUAUGUAUAUCUUAUUAAUAGCACUAAUCGGUCACUUGAAGUAAUCUUUAGUUAUUUUACGUGUUAAUUACAUAUUAAACCAAUCGGCACCACUGACUCCAGUUGUAUCCUGAGUCGUCCAUACACCUGUAUAAAUAUAUCUAAAAAUUCUGUACCACCUUUUUGAUUCAAUAAGUUAUUUUGUUUAUCCUUAAAAUGAUUUGCACAUGUGAUUUAUUGUAGAAAGUUUGAUGUAAAAAAAUGAAACCAGACUGAAGUGAGAUUCUGUUUAAUCUGUCAAAAAAUAACAAAGUGUUUUGAUUGAAAUUAAAAAUUUCAUUU